AUGUUACAUUUCAUCGAAUGUGGUUAUGAUAAUAUCAAUCCAACCACAAAUUUGGCUGACAAUAACUAUUCAAGAGCAACAUAUAAUCGAUGGAAUGACAACUAUCAGACAAUUGACAAUAAUCGCAAACAGAAUGAUAAGUUCGUGAAGAAUAAAUACGAAUUUUCAAACCUGUUCAACCAGCUUAAAGCACAAUUCAUGGAUAUAGUGGAUAAACAAGACACUUUAAGACAACGCUUAAGUGUUGCAAACCAAGAGUUUUACAGCCUUGAAAUGAGUGCAGCUGCUAAGAAAGGCAUAAUUGAUGCUUGGGAAAAACAAGGCGGAGGUCGCACAGCAGAAAGUAUAGAACGCUUAAAAAGUGAAGUUGAGGACAUUAACCAAAAGUUGAUGGAAUUGAAUAAAUCGCGUAAUUUGCUCGAAAAAUCGGUGGUCAAAGGUCACGAAAUAAGUUCACAAAUCGAAAUCCGGCUUCGAGCUUUAGCCACUACGCGAGAACAAAAAGAACUUAUAGAGCUGCUUGUACGGAUGUCUAGUGUUCGGGCAGAAAAAAUGACGGCUGUGAACGAUCUCGCACUCAAAUCUAUCCUACUGGAUAAAGCUGAUACAUCUAUGAUGAAGCUACAUAAAUAUGAGUCAAUAGCUGAAAAACUGAUAGAGGGUGGACUUGAUGGUAUAUCCAUUGCCAUUAUCUAUUUCAAUUCUUUAAUCUUAUCAUAG